GACUUUUAUUUUGAACUGGUGUUCAUUCUCACUAUUACAUCUUGCUCAGCUGUUCAUUUUAUUUAUGUGUUUAAUGUUGGUUGCUCGGCUUUUCCUGUGAUUCUAGCUUUUUAAUCGGACAGUGAGUAAUGUAAGAUCAGGGGCUCGGAUUUGAGGAAAGAGAGUUACAUUUGAACUAUUGAUCUGUGAAAAUGCGACAUGCACGUGAGGUGACAUUCACCAUGCUCGUGAGAGCGUAUGCCACAGCUUCAAAGACUGAGACCGUCGCUUCCAACGGGAAAGCGGGACUUAAAGCAGCAGAUAUCGCGAACAGACUCCGCAGUGAAAAGGAAAAACAAACAAAUGACAAAAAUGAGGUUCCGGUGUCACCUCUUCAAACCAGAGUAAACGAACUCAAACAGUUCUCUCAGCAACUACAAUCUGUUCAUCCCAGUGUGCUCGUAAAAGCUCUUUACAGGGGCAUCCUUUAUCAAGACCAAAACAUAAUCGCAAUAAAUAAACCAUACGGUGUGCCUCUGCAUAAUGUAGAUGGCAUCAGAAACAGCAUAGUCGAAUGUCUGCCUCUGCUAGCAAAGAUAACUGAUGGACAGUUGCACCUUUGCCAUAGCCUGGAAAAAGAAAAUACUGGAGUUUUGAUCCUGGCUAAAACAGAGGAAGCUGCUGAACAUGUCCAAACACUCAUCAGGUCACACAAAGUGGAAAGGAAAUACUUGGCAGUCACUGUAGGUGUGCCGGUUCCAUCCGAGGGAGUGAUUGACAUUCCCAUUAUAGAGAAGGAGGUCACGGGACCUCAGCCGCAUUUUAAGAUGGGUCUGAGCCCAUUGUUCAAAGUGAGUGAGGAGGGAGAUGGGGUGACCAGGGUCAGAGCUCAUCGACAGGCACACAGCGCAGUCACGCAGUAUCGGGUUCUGGACAGCACCAGUGGCUGCAGCUUGGUGGAACUGCAGCCUGUCACAGGUGUGAAAAACCAACUUCGUGUGCACAUGGCUCUUGCUUUGACCUGCCCCAUUCUUGGAGACCACAAAUAUGCUAACUGGAACAAACUAGCACCACAGAAGCUGCCAGAGGGCAUAUUGCGACGGCUGGGCCUGGUGCAGAGUAAAACACGAUACCUCCCUCUUCACCUGCACUCCAGAAGGAUCGUCCUGCCAGGGGUCAAAGGUCACAGUGACAUCACAGUGUCCUGUCCCCUUCCUAAGUACUUCACCAACACCUUAAAAAGACUACAGAUCCCACUACCGGGAAAAGAAUGAGAUGUAUCACAGCUAGGAACUCCAUUUGAAAAAGUAUUACAUUUGGAUUUGAUUUUGACUGUAGAAAAGGUCAUGUACAAAGCAGACAUUACAUUGUUGUGUAUUCUGAAUGUUUUUUUGUCCAGACUUUCUAAUAAAAGACCAUUGAAAGUGUUAAA